AUGUCGUCUGGAAAUGACAUGAAUUGGGAUCGUAUCUUUUACCAGCCUGAGGUUGAAGCGACAGUUGAUCUAUUCGAUGUAUGGAACCCAGUCAAUGACACCGUCGAUCCUCAGCAAUUAAACACAACCCUGACUCUGGUUGAGAACCAUGCCAGUAAUCCCACUCAGGCUUCCGAGUCAAUCAAUAGUAUCCCUACCGCCGACCAAAAGCCCGCUACACCCAUUGCUCAAAGACCAGGGAAACGCCUUUCUCUAGCUUCCGUCCGUGUCCUCAAUAAAUGGCUCACAAAUCAUACGCAUCAUCCCUACCCCACUGUCGCAGAAGUCGAAUCUAUCAUCAGGCAAACAGGCCUAAGCAAACAACAAGUCCUGAAUUGGUUUGCCAACGCCCGCCGGAGAAAGAACGCCGUUGACCCCGAGGUUACUCAUUUUGAGACGCAUAAUCAUGACCUUUGCAACAAGAGGGAAAGAAGUGAGCGAACCUUUUACAGAAAAGACCAUCUGAGACAGCAUCUCCGAUUGGUACACGGAUCAGAGUUCAGAAAAUGGCCGAUGGAUGAUUGGAGAUUUACACAUGAAAAUAUCGUUUCACGAUGUGGCUUUUGUGAUUUCCACAUGACGACAUGGUCUGAGAGGGCCAACCACUUGGUUGAGCAUUUUAAAGACGGCAUGACGAUGGCUGAUUGGAAGGGUAAUUGGGGUUUUGAUGCUCUCACACUUGACAUGGUUGAGAAUUCCAUGCCUCCAUACCUCAUUGACUAUGAACGUAAUUCCCCUCUACCUUUUACAACCUCGCAAGGCGCACCAUAUAGUUCAACUAGUGCCUUUGAACUUCUCCAGCUGGAACUCGACUACUUCUACUCUAACUACGUCGACAUAAAUCACACUAUACCAAGCGACGAUAUUCUCCACAUUGAAGCAUGCUCCGUCAUCUUUGGUGCCGAAAUCUCCUCACACUCAACUCCACAAGCAGCGUCCUCCUGGCUACGAGACCUGAUAAUGGGCAUAGAGCACAUCACUGCCAAAGCUCGCAUGACGCCUAUGAAAAGCGCGGCUAGAUCACGAUUUACUGAGUUAAGGAUACACAGUAAGAAAGACAUCUUUGAGGAGUGUAACCUCGAGAGUUCACUGCGACAAUAUGUUGACAUGCUGAAGUUGUUGAAUCUCGAGAUUGGCGAUGAUGAGUUGCAGAAGGAGGCAUGUUCGAUUGUAGGCCAUAUGAGCAAUGCCUCACCUAUGUUUACAAAUCUUUUGAUUGGCCUGAUCAAUGGUUCAACUCAGUGGUUGGUGCCAUUUAGGUUACGCGCAGGAUUGCCGAUUUUUGAGAUCGAGGCAAGUUCCCAAUUGGAUGACAGAGGGAAGUCAAAUCAGGAGAGUCCAAACACUCUACCAGAUCUUGAUAUCUUGCAACAAAUUCUUUCUGAAGAGGUUGAUCGGCAUACCCUUGGUCAUGCCGCAUUUAGUUUGAGUCCAAUCUCUUCCAAUCAAAAGGUGGUAUCCCUCAACGACGGAAAUAUGUACAGGGGUCUCACGCGAGAUCUUACCCGAUAUGUCGCACGUACGAUUUCACCCUUGAACCCAACAAGCCACGUUCCAACAGAUGAAGAACUACAAUACCAAGCGCGAUGGAUCAUGUAUGACAGUCACGAUGUAUGGAAUCAAACGCCAGCUGACAAUAUGGCUUGGCUUGAAGAAUUUAAGAAGGAAUCUGGGCUUUUCCAAUAA